UAUCGGUCCUUCCGUACUUCCGUUCCGUUCUUCUCCAUCCACCCGGCGCUGCUCUCUCCCACGUGUGGAUUUUAUUCGAAAUUUCUUCCCACAUUUGCCUGUUAAAUACUGGACCAAAUGUCGUCGUCUUUCGAACAGAUGAGAGCGAACGUGGGGAAACUCCUGCGGGGAAUCGACAGAUACAACCCAGAAAACCUUGCAACCCUGGAGCGCUACGUGGAGACACAAGCCAGAGAGAACGCCUAUGACCUGGAGGCCAACCUGGCUGUUCUGAAGCUGUACCAGUUCAACCCAGCUUACUUCCAGACUCAUGUGACCUCCCAGAUCCUCCUGAAGGCUCUGACCAACCUCCCACACACCGACUUCACCCUCUGCAAGUGCAUGAUCGACCAGACACACCAGCAAGAGGAGCGCCCCAUCAGGCAGAUCCUCUACCUGGGGAACCUUCUGGAAACCUGCCACUUCCAGAGCUUCUGGACGAGUCUGGAGGAGAACAGAGAGCUCAUCGACGGCAUCACCGGCUUCGAGGACUCGGUUCGUAAAUUCAUCUGUCACGUUGUGGGAAUCACCUACCAGACCAUUGAGCACCGGUUACUGGCUGAGAUGUUGGGAGACCCACUGGACACACAGGUGAAGGUUUGGAUGAACAAGUACAGCUGGACGGAGAAUGAGGACGGACAGAUCUUCAUCUUCAACCAGGAGGAGAGCGUCAAGCCCAAGAACAUUGUGGAGAAGAUCGACUUUGAGAGUGUUUCCAGCAUCAUGGCCACAUCUCAGUGAUUAAAACAUCAACUCUAACAUUAAUCAGCAGCAACAGAUUCAACCGGCUCAUUCAUGUUCAGAUUCACCCUUUUAUCAAUAAAUCUAAUUUAUCAUUUCCA